AUGGCAAAUUUGUAUAUGGCUUCUUUUACAAAAAUCCUCAUAGUUGUUCUUUAUGCAUUGUUCACUAAUAAUGCUACAUCAUUUUCAACUCGCGUUACUAAAUCAGCAACAACUCAAAAAUAUGAUGUUAACAAUGCUAAUCAUAUUUUAAGGGAGGGUCCAAAAGUUCAAAAUCCAAUCCAUGGUAAUUUUGUGCAACCUAGUAAUGUACAUCAUAUUCAACAUGAUGAUCCAUUUGGUCUAAAUUCAAAGCACAACCUUUUAUUGCAGUCAAGUAAAGUUGCUCGUAGUUCAAGAAAUGGUCUAGAUGGUUCAAAUUCAAACCAUCAGAAAUUUUUGCAACAUGGUAGUGCUUAUCAUAUUGCACAUGAAGUUCCAUCAGGUCCAAAUCCAAUCCAUAACAUUUUAUUACCACCAAUUAAGGUUGCUCUUAGUUCAAGAAAUGGUCUAUAUGGUUCAAAUUCAAACCAUCGGAAUAUUUUGCAACAUGGUAGUGCUUAUCAUAUUGCACAUGAAGUUCCAUCAGGUCCUGUAGACCCCUAA